GUGAUCAGCUGUGUCCAAUCACAGCUGAUCACAGUCCCCGUCUGUGCUUUCUUUCAGUGUCACCCAUCAGUGCCAGUCAGUGCCACCUAUCAGUGCUGCCAGUCAGUGCCGCCUAUCAGUGCCAGUCAGUGCCGCCUAUCAGUGCCAGUCAGUGCUGCCUAUCAGUGCCAUAUGAGUGCUGCCUUUAAGUGCCCAUCAGUGAUGCCUGUCAAUGCCCAUCAGUGCCACCUACCAGUGCCUCCUCAUCAGUGCCACUUCUGUGUCCAUCAGUGCAGCCUCAUUAGCACACAUCAGUGAAG